AUGUUCGUGGAUGCAGAUGGAACUUUCAACAACAGCAACAUGAAAUCUUAUGUGAUGGAGAAAGCGAAAGAGCCCGGUGCAACAAAUAUGAUUUCGGAGGCGCUCGUUGCACACUUGCUGAAGAAUGCGCAAGAGGCGGCGGAGGCAGUAUCCGCCACUUCGCAGUCUUCAACUCUGCUGAUGGAGAAUGGGACUCGGUGUGGGGAGCAAAUUCUGAACUACGACAAGGUGGAGAAGGUAUUUAUUGGAGGGAUUCUCACCACGCUCACGCUGUUUACUAUCUGCGGGAAUUUACUGGUGGUGAUUUCAGUGUGCUUCGUGAAAAAGUUGCGGCAGCCGUCCAACUAUCUGAUAGUGUCUCUGGCGGUUGCCGACCUUUCGAUCGCGCUGGCAGUUAUGCCGUUUGUCAGUAUAACGGACCUUAUUGGGGGGCAAUGGGUUUUUGGCCAAGUCUUCUGUAAUGUUUUUAUUGCCAUGGACGUGAUGUGUUGCACUGCAUCCAUAAUGACGUUGUGCGUAAUUAGCAUAGACAGGUACCUGGGCAUAACCAAGCCUCUGACCUACCCUGUGAGACAGAAUGGCUGUUGCAUGGCCAAGAUGGUGGUGUCCGUGUGGCUCCUGUCCGCCUCCAUCACCUUGCCCCCCCUCUUCGGCUGGGCCCAGAACGUAAACGACAACAAGGUGUGUCUGAUCAGCCAGGACUUUGGUUACACCAUCUACUCCACCUCAGUGGCGUUCUACAUCCCCGUAUCCGUCAUGCUCAUUAUGUACUACCGCAUCUACCGCGCCGCCAAGCUCAGCGCCGCCAAGCACACCAUCACGGGCUUCCCGCGGGUCGGGGAGGAGGCGCGGGGGGGAGAGGAGGCCAUGGAGGAACAGGAGGAGGAAGAGGACAGCGUGGACUGUGUGUCGGCCGCUCUGAGGCUCCACAGGGAGGUGGAGGAGUGCACGCGAUUCUCCCGGCUCAUGAGGAGCAACCGGAGGAACAUGUCCAUCUUCAAGCGGGAGCAGAAGGCAGCAGCCACCCUGGGGAUCGUGGUAGGGGCCUUCAGUGUCUGCUGGAUGCCUUUCUUCUUACUGUCCACGGCCAGACCCUUCAUCUGCAGGGCGGACUGCCCUAGCUGUGUGCCCUUGUGGGUGGAGAGGACCCUGUUGUGGCUGGGCUAUGCCAACUCCCUCCUCAACCCUUUCAUCUACGCCUUCUUCAACAGGGACCUGAGGACCACCUACAGCAACCUGCUGCGCUGUCGUUAUCGCAACAUCAACCGCAAGCUGUCCGCCGUCGGGAUGCAACAGGCCCUCAAACGGGUGGAUAAGACCGACUCUGUUAUCUAAAUGGUGUUAUUGUUGUGGUGUGGUGGGAGCUGUCACACUGAGCACUAGAGUCGACCACAUUCUCUCAAUGACAAUUGGUCAAUGUUAUCUGCCUGCCUGGUCCUCUACUUAAGAUCGUGCAUGUCCAGACACAGUCUAGACCUUAUUGGUCAGGUCUGAUUUAUGAAACAACUAAGAAUCUAUCCUUCCAUCUGAAUGUGAGUCCAUUGGCUUUGUGUCCGUGACGUUACGAUGCUUUUACCCUGUGCAUUUCUCAGUUGUGGUUGUGUAGCGUGGUUGUGUAGCGUGGUUCGUUCUGCGUUGUGUACUUUUAAUUAGGACGCUGCCACAACUGGAGGUCUAGAACUAGAAUUAUUUUUAUUUGCCCUGCACACGAAGAGACAACACACAUUAUGUUUAACCCUUGGUGCGGUCCUAGCUCUCAGGCACCUGCGCAAGCACACGGACACUCACUCAAACACUGUCCCAAGUACUCACAAGUUACAAUACAUACCCUAGUUAGCGAGCUUUGUGAAACUUGUUAACAUAAACCUUUAUAUUAUCCACAUUGUAACAAACUUAUGGUAGCAUAACAGUACAUUGUAUGACAUUAUGACAGUUUUAUAUUGAACCAUUUCAGAGCCAAGGACAACAUACCUUUCAAGACGAAGGGCAGGCAAAAGAGAACAAUAAGAGGGUAUGGAAAGACAGAUAACCUGCGAUGGACCAAACCAAAAUAUACUAAACUUUUACAAUCACGUGUAUGUACAAUAUUGAUAUGAAAAAGUAGUUGUACACCAAAGAAAAACAUUAGCUAUGCAGCUGUAAUUAAAUAACAAAAUACACUGAAUUAUUAUUAUUAUUAUUAUCAAAUGAUUAACAUCCCCUCUUGACCUGGCCUAUUUGAAUUGGUCCUUGUUGCAUAAUCUGGUAAUUUGGUGCAUAAUCUAGGGGAACAACAUCACACGGCUACAUUUGCACAAACACGAUGCCUCAGAACAAGCCAUGAUGGUUAGCUGUUUCUUGAAGGGGCAAUCUACAGCUGAUCCAUCCAUUUUGUUGUUGUUGACUAUAUUAACAAAAGUAUGUGGACACCCCUUCAAAUGUGUGGAUUUGGCUAUUUCUGCCACACCCGUUUCUGACAGGUGUAUAAAAUCUAGCCCAAGCCAAGCAAUGUCCAUAGACGAACAUUGUCAUUAAAAUGGCCUUACUGAAAAGCUCUAGUGGCUUUCAAUGUGGCACCGUCAUAAGAUGCCACCUUUCCAACAAGUCAGUUCGUCCUGCAAGAGCUGCCCGUCAACUGUAAGGGCUGUUAUUGUGAAGUGGAAAUGUCUAGGAGCAACAACGGCUCAGCCGCGAAGUGGUAGGACACACAAGCUCACAGAACGGGACCGCCGAGUCCUGAAGCGCUGUUGCAACGCUCACUAGAAGAAACUGGAAGAAACGUAAUCAGCACAAGAACCGUUCGUCGGGAGCUUCAUGAAAUGGGUUUCCACGGCCGAGCAGCCACACACAAGCCUAAGAUCACCAUGCGCAAUGACAAGCGUCGGCUGGAGUGGUAUAAAGCUCUCCACCAUUGGACUCUGGAGCAGUGGAAACACGUUCUCUGGAGAGAUGAAUCACUCUUCACCAUCUGGCAGUCUGAUGGACAAAUCUGGGUUUGGCGGAUGCCAGGAAAAUGCUACCUUCCCCAAUAUAUAGUGCCAACUGUAAAGUUUGGUGGAGGAGGAAUAAUGAUCUGGGGCUGUUUUUCAUGGUUCGGGCCUCUUAGAUCCAGUGAAGGGAAAUCCUAACGCUACAGGAUACAAUGACAUUCUAGACAAUUCUGUGCUUCCAACUUCGUAUAUACCCAUUUGAUUCUUGAAGAAUAUAACUUAUAAAUGCCUAAUGAGCUUAGUUCAACUGUAGUACCCCAUCAGAACCAAAAUAUAAUCUUGUUUUACUCCCAUGUUUGUAAACAAAGAAAAUGUAAACAAAAACACGUCUGAACGUGUUCCUGUACGUCACGAGCAACAAUGUUGUGACUUUGUCAAACAAAUCAACCAUGGUGUGUUGACGUUGUUCCAUGGUUAUGUGUAAUUACAAACUCUUAAAUGCAAAUGUUUCCUUGUGACAUGUUGGACGUGCCCAAAUGGACAAUACAACCUACACGUGGCAUUUGACUUCCUGUGUGAGUAUGCCCUUUCAAUUGUAUAAAAGAUUCAUUUACUUCUUCUUCUUCUUCUUUCUCAAUGUCUGUUCAUUUACGUUGAAUGUAUGUUUGUUGAAUGACAUCACACACAUAUAUAAAUGUGAUUGACCAGUCAUUAUUUCAUUUUUUAAUUUUUUUUUAUGAGAGUGACAUCAUUAAGGAUUUAACAGAAUUGCAUGAUUUUGAUUGUGAUGUCAUAAAGACUCAAAGUGUAAAUAGAAUCUGAGGGUAUUCUGUGAACCUUUCUCGGUUUUGAUAAAAAAUGGCAAUAACAUUGUUUAAUUUAGAUGGCAUUAUGAAUAGUUUGUCCAUAUGUUUACAGUUAAGUCACAAUUUGUUUUGUUUUUUUUACAUUUUCCUUACUAUAUUGUCAGUAUUCUAUCAGUUAAAUUGCUCAGUGUGGCAAAACCUUUGUUGUGUGAUGGCUCGUAAUUGUUUAGUGAAACAAAGUGAAAAUGUGGCGUAUUGGCUCAGUCAUACGUUCUAUCACACGUGAAGCCCAGUGAAGGAACACCUAGAGGUGUGAGGCAAUCCUACGCACCGAACAACACUGAAUCACACGUCACAAAGUCCCCUUCAUGUCUUAUUGUGAGUCAAAACCAAGGCAGCUGAAGGAGAGGGAGAAAAAAAGGGAUUAGGGUGACGAUCUAUUUCCUGUCUAAAUCCAACAUGUACCCAAAGUCACCCACUUAGCAACAUUUAUGAUGGCCAUGUCUCUAAGGGAUACAACGUAGAAUUAUCCAACCGUGAAAAAAAAAUAUUGGAUUUGUUUUAGUGUAGAAAGCUAUGGGCCAUUAUAUCCUGUAUCUUUAAGCUACAAUGAAACUAUAAUGAGGCAAGUGCAUUUAUGUUGCAGUGGGUAUGAUUCAUCUCUACGUUCAUAUUUCUGGAUUUGACUAAACUCACAGAAUUCAGUAUUCAGUCAACGUGGUAGUGCACUUAGCCGAUAAAAUGGAGGCUUUUGUUAAAGCAAUUCCCUGAAAGGGCCUUAUGUGAAAGCAAUAGACCUACUCUAAGAGCCCUUCUCUCAGUACAGAUCAUAGACAUGGGGCCUGAAAGAAAAUGGUGCCUAUUCAUUUAUUGUCUUAUUAAAUGUAGGCCUAUUCAUUUAUUGUCUUAUUAAAUGUAGGCCUAUUCAUUUAUUGUCUUAUUAAAUGUAGGCCUAUUCAUUUUUGUCUUAUUAAAUGUAGGCCUAUUCAUUUAUUGUCUUAUUAAAUGUAGGCCUUUUUAUUUAUUCUUGCCAGGCCAUCAUUGUAAAUAAGAUUAGUAUUUUUUCCAUAAUUGACCUGCCUGGUAAAAUAAAACUUAAAGGAAAACAAAUCCAAAUGUUUUAGUGUUUUUGAGUUCUGUCACAUGACCCUUUUACAUGAUCGAGUUAUCAAACUAGCAGAUAUGAUGCUGUUGUUUUACACCUCCACCUUUUCCAGUAGGUCAUGUAUUUUUGUUGGGGGGUGGGGGGUUUACAUAUGAAAGGGCUUUCAAGAUCAUUUUUGAAUAAUUUUUUUUUUUUUUUGCUGUUUCUUCUCAAAGACUUUGCAAAUGAAUUGGUUAAGAGAUAUUUGAGAGACAUUACUGAACUGAUGCAUCGAUUCUCAUCCGUAUCUGCUCUGAACAGUAAAUGACACAGAUUGAGUUGACAUUUUGACAUUUGCCGCAGCGCAUUCU